CGACCACACUUUUAGCCUCGUUUAGGCUCCAAUCCAUGUUUGGCUAGCAAUGACGCUGCUCAUGGAUGAACAACAACUCUGUCAACCCCUCCUUUCCACCACCGUUACCAUAACUUCCUCCUCCUCCGCCACCCCUAUCAUCACCCCAGCCCUACCCAACACUGGAGAUGAUUAUUAUUAUGUUGUCGAGAGUUUCUCCUCACACUUCGGCAUCAUUCUCCGGCUUUUCACCAUCUUUUCCAUCGGAGUUAUCUCCAUAUGGGCAAAUUAUGAAGCAUCAAAAGGCUUUGGGAUCACAAUAAUCAAUGAUAUAAGUGACUUUCCAGCAGGCAAACGCUUCACCCUCUUGUACAUGUCCAACGACAAAGCCACUCGUUUAAUCCAAAGCUCCAGUUCUUUCGUUGAGAACAUUCUUUAUCCAAAUAUCAGCUACCCCAAGAAGAAAGUGAACCAUGUCACUCUCCGGCUGUCUAGCUCCAACCUACCCAAAUUGGUCACCGUAGAAACAAGCACAAACGACGAGUUCCUGAUUACUUUAAGUCCAUCAAUAAUGGAUGAAGCUAAAAAUCUUGAUUAUGUCCUUAGAUCAAUGGCUUUACAGGGGAUGUCCCGCAUAUGGCUAUGGGACGGCAAGGGUAAGGAUAAGGGUCCGCCUUGGCUUCUCGACGGCCUUGUGGAAUACAUAAAGACGGUGGCAGGAUCCGGUCCCAUGACAGCUUUGGGUGCGUGGGAGCUGCCGGAAUUUGGUGAGUUUUGCUUGGGGGAUAGGGACCCCAGAGCAGUUGCAAAAUUUCUGGGCCAAUGUGAGCGGCAGAGCAAGGGGUUCAUCCAACGGUUGAAUCGAGGUUUGAAAAAUGAAUGGGAUGAUCGGACGGUAGAGAAUGCACUAGGGACGUCGGUAGACAAUAUUUGUCAUUCUUUUGUCAACUCGGUAAAAUGGUAAAAUGCAGUAAGGCUCACGUGAAAUUCAUAUGAUUAGACGUGUGGCUGCAGCGAAAAACACUUUUUUUUAUUAUUAUUUCUUUGAAUAAUUUUGUUCAAAUAGAAAACGAUUGUAAAUGGCAAGGUGGGCCAUAUUACGUUGA